CAGAAAGGCGCGCGGCCUCGCCUUAACGCGGCCCGGGGCGCGGGCCCGCGUGGCCAGCGGGCGGCAGGCGCAGGCCGGGCCGGGCCGGGGCUGAGGGAGCCGAGCGGGCGCUCCCGGCCGGGCCCACGAUGCGGCGGCUGCGGCGCCUGGCGCCCCUGGUGCUGCUGUGCGCCUUCGCCAAGGGCCCGCAGGGCCGGAUCUCGGGCCUCAGGGUCAGGUACGUGGUGCUGGUCUGGCUGGGCGUCUUCGCGGGCAGCUGGCUGGUGUAUGUGCACUACUCAUCAUACUCGGAGCUCUGCCGCGGCCACCUCUGUCAGGUGGUCAUCUGUGACCAGUACCGAAAGGGCAUCAUCUCAGGUUCCAUCUGCCAAGAUCUGUGUGAGCUGCACACGGUGGAGUGGCGGACCUGCCUGUCCCCGGUGCCGGGCCAGCAGGUGUACAGUGGGCUCUGGCAGGAGAAGGAGGUGACCAUCAAGUGCAGCAUUGAGGAGGCCCUGAAUGACAAGGACCGUCCAGAGGCGGCUGCCCGGCAGGAGCUGGUACUAUUUGACAAACCCACACGGGGCACGUCCAUCAAGGAGUUCCGGGAGAUGACCCUGAGCUUCCUCAAGGCGAACCUGGGAGAUCUGCCCUCCCUGCCAGCGCUGGUCGGCCAGGUUCUGCUCAUGGCGGACUUCAACAAGGACAGCCGAGUGUCCCUGGCAGAGGCUAAGUCUGUGUGGGCCCUGUUGCAGCGCAACGAGUUCCUGCUGCUGUUGUCCCUCCAGGAGAAGGAGCACGCCUCACGGCUGCUGGGCUCCUGUGGGGACCUUUACCUCACCGAGGGCGUCCCCCAUGGUUCCUGGCCAUGGGCCACACUGCCCCCGCUGCUGCGCCCACUGUUGCCACCCGCAAUGCACAGGGCUCUGCAGCAGUGGUUCGGGCCUGCGUGGCCUUGGCGAGCCAAGAUCGCCAUCGGCCUGCUGGAGUUCGUGGAGGAACUCUUCCAUGGCUCCUACGGGACCUUCUACAUGUGCGAGACCACGCUGGCCAAUGUGGGCUACACGGCCACCUACGACUUCAAGAUGGCAGACCUGCAGCAAGUGGCACCCGAGGCCACUGUGCGACGCUUCCUGCAGGGCCGCCGGUGUGAGCGUAGUGCCGACUGCACCUACGGGCGUGACUGCAGGGCCCCCUGUGACCGGCUCAUGCGGCAGUGCAAGGGCGACCUCAUCCAGCCCAACCUGGCCAAGGUGUGCGAGCUGCUGCGGGACUACUUGCUGCCCGGCGCACCCGCCGCCCUGCGAGAGGAGCUGGGCAAACAGCUGCGCACCUGCACGACGCUGAGCGGGCUGGCCAGCCAAGUGGAGGCCCACCACUCGCUGGUGCUCAGCCACCUGAAGACGCUGCUCUGGAAGGAGAUCUCCAACACCAAGUACUCCUAAGGAGCACGUACCCGGCCUGAGGGGUCCCCAUGGCAGAACCACUGCCAGGGGCAUGGGUCCGGAUCCAGAGAUCUCUUUGCAGACUGUUCACUCUGGCCCCACCCCCAUGGGAAAGGCUGAGGCCACAAGGACAGGGGCAGUGCCCAGCCAUGCAGGCAGGUCCUCUGAGGAACACAUGUAAAUAAAAGGCUUUUAUGUGA